CUUAGUACUACCUAAGGUACCCUCCAGGUAGUGAGACUCCCAAACGCAUAAGGUUCAGUUGGGAUUGGUGAGGAACGACAAGAGGAUUCUCCCUUAUUACUCCGUAAUAGUGCUCGAGGGUUAGGAGCCUGCCAGUCAUGUCAGCUCGCGGCCAGCUGCUGUAUCCGAUAAUGAUAAGCAUCGAACCCCACUGAAUCUCGUAUCUUAUCGAGCAGUGUGUCUAGGAAAUUUUGGGAUUGCAGGCAGUCGAGCUUGCUGUCGCCGACGCCGACACAGAAAAGGAAUAGCAGCCCCUAUCACGCAGAAUGGGUCGCGAACUACAAAAGCGCAAGCGGCGCUCGUCGCGCCCGAAGGUCACGAUGCCCAACCGGCGCAAGAAGGCGCUCAAUCCACUGGGCAACGACAUCAUCGCCAAGAGCUGGAACAAGAAAGAAACCCUCUCUCAGAACUACAGCCGCUUCGGCCUGGUCGCCAAGCUAGGCAAAACCACGGGCGGCAUCCUGCCCAACAACAAAUCCGUCAUCUCCACCACCUCCCGGGACCCGCUCGCCGUGAAGUCCGCCGACCAAGGCUUACUACAAGUCCGCGAAGUAAAAGUCGAGCGCGACGCCUCGGGCCGGAUCACGCGGGUCCUGCAUGACAGUAACCCGCUCAACGAUCCGCUGAAUGAGCUGGAUUCCGACUCAGAGCAGCAACAGGAGGCAGAGAAGGAAAGGCAACGACAGAGGAACUAUGAAGAAUGGAGUGGCUUUGAGGCGGACAAGGACAGCAGUGAAAGGCCCGAAGUGCUCCGUGCGCUGGAACGGGAGGCCAGCCGGCCGACCGAGAAGCACGAGCGGCAUGCGAGCGACCGGGAGAUCGAGUGGCUGCGGCGCUUGGUCGACCGGCAUGGAGACAACACGGCGGCGAUGGCGAGGGAUGUGAAGCUCAAUCCCAUGCAGCAGACUGCGGGGGACAUCAGGAGGAGGUUGAAGAAGGCGGGUUUGCUGGCUGCAUGAUGCCUGGGUUGUCAGGCUGGGGAGUAGGAAAGGUCGGCCGCAGGGACAGUAUGUUAUGUUCGUCAAGCAAUUGGGCAACUGGAAAUUGGAAGCCUAUCGAGGAUUGCUUGGCUUUUGCAAGAGGACAAGACACAGGCGCUGAAUGCAGCCUGCAAAAGAGGACCAACGCUUAGUGUUUACCCAUAUAACUGGCGUUCGGCGUUACAUGAUGAGGAAACAUAAACCAGGGACCGGUCCUGCAAUUCAAGAAUAGGUAUCAAA